AUGUAUUCUGCGAUCCCAAAAGUGUGGCGGGAGGAUUUUCGGGAGAAUGUGACACUCGCGGAGCUGAACAACUCUCUGGUGGAUCUCCACAUCCUCUCCAUCAUAUACGUCGCUAUCCUCAUGAUUGUCGGCGUGUUGGGCAACAUCCUCGUCGUCUACAUCUAUACCAUCAAGUACUCACCUUCCACAUACCGCUCGUUUAUUUUAUGGCUGGGAUGGAUAGACCUCAUAGCUUGCACUGUUGGGAUGCCUCUUUUGAUAUACAGUUUGAUGUAUCCGUACAUGUUCCCUUCCGAGGCAGCGUGCAAGACGCUCAGAUCUAACUUGGGUGACUGUAUUCCGGAACAGGUGGAAACAAAAUUAGAUGGCAGUAACUUAAAAACAGGUCUUGACGAAGUUAAAGCACAUGAUGCACGCGAGGAAACAUCGAACGAAACGAACAAUAAAGAUGCGUAUUCAAACCAAUGGAUAAGUGCAAUCCGAAAAAAUGAUCGCUUAAGGUCGCCUAGCCCAGGCCUUGUAGGACACAAUCUUGAUAAAAAGUCUAAUAAACGAAUUUGCAUCGGGAACAGACUAGAAACUAGCCGGAGUUCAGUAAGCAACAAAGGGCCAAGUAUUCGGACAAAGCAAGUGACCUUUAUGUUGUUCAUUAUCACAGUUGUGUAUGUGUUAAGCUAUAUCCCACACUUGGUUCUCAUGGUUACAAUUUCCAUAAAGUCCGACUUUCUUAAAGAGAUGACUCCAGCUGGCGUUGUGGUGUAUAAUCUCUUUCUUCGUUCAUUUGUGAUCAACAACAUGGCCAAUCCAAUCAUCUAUGCUUUCUGUGACAGAAAAUUCAGAAAAGAAUGCGCUUCUGUGGCUUUGAACGUUCUUACAUGUGGAAGAAACAGCUAG